GAAAUAGUGUGUAAAGAAUUAACUCUUUUCCAAAGAUGGAUACAGAUAUAGAACAGAUUCAUACCAUUUUACUCGACGCUAACAUUCCAUCGAGUAUAAACGAUUUGAAACAUCCAACAGAGGAGUUUGUUGUGAACUUAAUGAAUACAUUUUUAAGAAGAUUUCACAUUGAUGUUGAUACAAUUAACGAACCAACAGACGAACAACGAGAGGCAAUGUCAUACUGCGAGGACAGUGCCAUAAUUAGUCUCAUAAAUUUACAAGUAGCCAUGGAACAGAUAUGUCAACGAAUAUAUAUAAAAGAUUUAUGUAUUACCGAUAUCAUUAGUCCAGGUUCAAAGAGAAUACAUAAACAAGCAAAAUUCCUUUCAAAUUUCAUAUUAUAUGCAACCACUAAGGAAUCGGACAUAGGGGACAAAAUAAUUGAAAUACAAAACAAGGCAAAAAUAUUGCACGAUAUUUUGGAGAAAAAAAAGGAAGUGAUAAAGGCUAGAAAAUAUAAAGAAGAACAUAUAGCAAAGCAAUUAUUAUUGAAGGAAAAACUUGAAGCUGAGAUUCAACUAAUACGGUCCAGAUUAGAGAAAAAUAAGAAGAAGGAUGUUAAACUUCAGGCAGAAAUGGCCGCGGCAGAUGAACAAAACGAACAGGCAUUGACAGCUUACGAGUCAUACAAAAUGCAAUCUUUAAAUUUAAGCAAAACCAUAAAAGAACUGCAAUCGGAGAUUGUCAAGUCUCCCGAAAUGUAUGAAUUGCGCCUAAACGAAUUGGAGAAACAACAAAUUGAAAAAAUCAAGCAACGUGACUUGAUGCAAGAGGCAUUCCAAGAAAAAAAAAAUUUAAUCGAAAAGAAAACAAGAAUUUUUACAUUUAUACAGAAGCAACUAGAUGAGUUCAACGAAGUGAAAGAUAUGCAUGAACAAUUAAAGAAAGUAAGCGUACAAGCAGAUAGUUCCAAGAAGCAGGUCGAAAUGGUAAGAGCAGAUAUUAAUGCAUUUGAAAAGAGACUGGAAACUCAAAAAAACAAACUGAAAGAGACCGAAGUAGAUGAACUUCGCGUGCAAUACGAAGAACGCCUUAUUCCUUUACGUAAUUUAAAAACGCAAUUGUUAAGUGAUAAAAAGAUAUGUCAACAAAAACUGGAAGAAGAACAAGUUCAGUACAAUGAAGAUUGUUUAGAGCUGAAGAAAAUGCAAAGUGCUAUUGAAAAAGUAGAGGAAGAAACGUCAGCCUUUAUUAAGACUUGCCAAGAUAUUUAUAAGAGUGAAAUUGAGGGAGAAAUCUCGAUGGAAAAUAUGUUUAAAUGA